ACUUCUCAUCUGCUUUUGCCCCCCUUUCUCACCCCCGCUCUCACCCCCUCCCCCAGAUUUGCCCUUCGUCAGGGGCAAAUCCGUCAUUAUUCUCUCCGGCGUCUCCAGAUUCGUUCCACAACAAUGCUCUAAGUCUCAUCAGUUUUCAACAAAAUCAGGAUAGAGACUACGUAUUGUUUAUUAAUUUAACGGCCGAUAGUUAUAUAUAAAAUGGCGAGAGUGGCUGCUAGGGCUCCUCUUCCUUCUCAUCAGUUCGAUAAAGUCGGUUCCGGUGCUGUUUCUAAGGCCACUACUGCUGUUAAGAGAAAGACGCCUUCUGAAUUGCGAGGGGAGCAGCUAAAGCGAAAGAAUAUUAUUGAACUUGUAGAUGAAUCUCCAGGAUCUGUUUGCGCCUUGAGGAAAAGCAAUGAGGUAUGCGGGAUAAGAAAAUCUGAUCCCUCAACAAAGAAUCCCAGAUACAUUGAUACUCGCUUAGAUGAAGUUUUUCCUGUCCGUAAAAACAGCUUUAGGCUUAAUAUGCAUUCUAGAAAAGAAAAUAGUAAGGAAUACACACCUUCCGAGGAUGUUGACUAUGUCAAAAGUUCUCACAUUCCUUCAGAUUUGACUGCUGAGAGUCGACCACAUAUAACAAAUCCACAAGACCUCCUUGCAUCAAGAUCAGUCGCCAAAGAUAUUAAUCAGAAAGAAGCUCAUUCCAAUACCGAAAAAAGUAGUGAAAACACGUUUCGUAGUGUUACGGAGAUAUCAAUGGGUAGUGGAAAGUUACCAGGUCUUUCGGUUGUUGAUAUGGAUAAAGCUUUUAAAGGAUUGGUUCAGGAGCCUCCUAUAAUUUCAGCUUCAAGAGGUGAUGCUUUUGGAAGGACUAGUGAUUUUACUGCAAAAAAGUUCUGCUCUGAAGUUUGUGUUCCUGGCCGAAAGUUACCUCUUGAUGUGACACUGAAAACUUCUAUGAGGGUGGUGUUAUCAUCCUCUGUGAAUAGGUAUCAUAGAUCUAUUACUUGCGGCACCUUCAGUAAAAUGAACCAGAUUAAGUCUCAAACUGGCAGUGUUGGUGAUCAAAAUCUCUCCACUGGAAAUAAUAUCACCACUCACAUGACCAGUUUAAAAUCUGUACAUUCCUGGGUGUAUCCGCAGUCUUCUCUACCGCCUGCUGUCAUAUCAGCAUUAGCUUUAGCUGGAACAGAGGGAGGGCAAAUGGAUUUCUUGAGCAAACGGCAGAGUGCCUGGGAGGACUCCUUCCGAAGUCUGUACUACAUGCUGAGAAAGAAUGCGUGCAACAUCUUUUAUGUUUGCACUGCACAGUUUGUGGUCAUGUUUACCAGUGCCAAUAUUUUGAAGGAAGGAAAAGUUACGUGCAAUGCCUAUAUAUCUCAGUCUACAAGAAAUUUAAGGUCGUUGCUGAAAGAACAUGAUGUUUGUUUCUCUAUGCCUCUUUCUCAUUCUAAAGUGGAGCAAGCUACUGCAGAAGAUCUAGCUGAGCUGUCAGAGAUUGAAAGACAUAAUCUGGGUCAGACUCGGCGUCUGGGUUCUUUAUCUGAUGAAGAUAACAGCCCACAAUCUUUGCUGGCAUUUAGAGGGAACGGAAAUGUACAUGGAUUAUAUGAUUUUCUUCUCAAUUAUAGGUCAAUUAUGAUCUCUAUGACCAGUGUGGAUGUUCCGGUAUUGUAUGCGCCUCUGCCUUUUGAGAAUGCAUCUAUUUCUGCACCUGAGAUUAGGUGCAAAGAGGUAAGAAGGGCUGAUCAUGUGGCUGUUCCUUCAGAGAAGAAAAUGCCUGGCGAACUCAAUCAAGGCGCAGCUUCUGGAUUCUGCUAUAGCAUUGAAAUUAAAGACUCGUAUCUGCCACCAUGGAUAAUCAGCAGCAUAUGUGAUAUUUUGGACUCUGAAGAGAAUAGCUAUGAAUCAAGUUUUUCGACUCAACCCACAUCUACUGGCUUAAAUGUUGGUCUUGAGGCUGUUUUAGGGAAAUACAAUACUGAAGUCACAGACAAGGAUGGUUUACAAGAAACCAGCUUCAGUUUUGGGGUACCACACGCCGUAAUUUCACCUCUACUGAGUUCUGCCUUUCUAAAAGGCUUGAAAUACUGCAAUGACUCGUAUACUGCAUCUCUUUCACCUGUUUGACAAUUUGUUUCAAGAUAAACAAGAUUCAGAACUCUUGUUUGGCUAGAUAAAGAAACACUGAUUCUGGUCUAAGCGUUUUGUCAUCUUUGUUAGCUCAGUGUAGCACAUUGUAACUUGGAAGAAUGUUGUUUCAUUUUCAA